AUGAAUGAUUACUUGCAGGAGCGUGCAAAAGGAAGCACAUUUUACGGGUUCAAGGGUGGUCCAGCUUGUAUCAUGAAGUGCAAAUAUGUUGAGUUGAAUGCAGAAUACAUUCAGCCUCACAGAAACCAGGGUGGGUUUGACAUGAUCUGCAGUGGAAGAGACAAGAUCGAAACUCCUGAGCAGAUAUACUCUGAGAUGAUUGGAAAUGUCAUGAUUGAUGCAAGCGCUUCCGAAAACGCCAUUCGCUAUAUCCAAGCGCUUCCGAAAUUGGUAUGGCUUUCGUUUUACAAUGCAUACAUGGGACCUGUUUUGUGUUUUGCACAAGGGUUAAAGAAUCUGAAGAUUCUAGAUAUAGUUCAGAUGAAACAUCUGACACAAGUUGUAAUAGAAGAUGGUGCAAUGUUUGAGCUUCAGAAACUCCAUGUCAGAGAUUGCAGAGGGUUAGAGUCGGUACCAAAAGGAAUUGAGAAUCUUGUAAACCUUCAAGAACUGCAUUUGAGUCAUGUUUCUUAUCAGCUAGUAGAACGGAUUCGCGGAGAAAGGAGUGUAGACCGGUCAAGGGUUAAACACAUUCCUACCAUUAAGCAUCAUUUCAGAAAUGAUGAUGGCUCUUUCUAUGUAAGCCUUUCAUCUUAA